ACAUGAGCGUCGUAUUUCGUAGAGAACUCCCAACCGAGCUGAAGGUGAUGCCAUUCACACUUCGGGUGAUGACAUUCGUCGGUCUCUGGGAGAAUCGCAAAUGUUUCUAUCGUUUUAUGAUGGCGUAUUCGUGGGGUGCAUUCGUCGUUCUUUUUCCGAAGGCCGUUUUGGGAAUAGGAAGCAAUCGAUUCGAUGCAAUCGCCAAAGGGAUUGCCGAAUUGUUCUACCAGAGCAAUCUAUCGAUAGGGGCUGGAAUACUUGCCGCCAAGAGGAACUACUUCAAGCAGAUGGUUGAUCUGCUGACUGAAGUCAUCGAAGAAGUCACAGGCAAAGACCAACCGGAAAAUUGUUAUGAGGAAAUUCGUAAGCAAAAUCGCGCAAUCAAUAGGUUUGCAAAGUUUUAUGCGAUUUAUGUAACUGUCGGUCCAUUUGUAUUUUGCAUCCCACCGGUAGCCGUCAGUUAUUUGCGAUAUUUUGCUACCAGCGGAAAUAGUUCGGAGGUGCUGGAAUUCGAACUCCCCAUGGAACAAAGAUUCUACGGCUUGCAAAUUCGCACAAAUUUCGUACACUAUAAUAUCUUUGUUCUAUGUUCAAUAAGUGCUUAUUGUGGUUACGCGGUGCUCUCGCUUAUUAAAGUAUCCUCGACGAUUGCCAUGAUGAAAUAUUGUGCCUUGAUGUACCGGUUGAUAGCUAUGCAAAUAAAGCAUUUUAGCACGUUGCCGGAAGAUACCCCUAAAGCACAAAAACUUGCGAGAAUCGUCCGUCUCCAUAACAGCGCAUUUCGUGUGACGCAACUCGCUGAGAAUAUUUUAAACAUCCCACUGAUGGUGCAAUUCAUGUCCUGUAUGCUGUUCUGGUGCUUGGCAAUGUUUUAUGUGUCGACGAACAUUGACAUAUCACUGGUAAAUGUAAUGGUAGUCUUUGCUCUGUCACUGAUCGAAACCUACGGCUAUUCGUACUUGGGUACAGAAAUAUCCAACGAAGCCGCCGAAGUUGGCAGAGCGAUUUACGAUCUGGCGUGGUACGACGAAUCUGCUGAGUUACAAAACCAAUAUCGUCUGGUACUGCAACGCUCCCAACUUGAGACGAGAAUCACGGCGGCUAAAUUUUUCACCGUCGGAAUCGAGCAGUUUGGGAGUAUUACUCAAAUGUCUUACUCGUAUUAUUUGGUACUGAAAGAUUCUCUCUCUGCGCUGUGAGCGCAUGUUGUUAGAGACUGUUCAUUGUGUGCUUUACAUUCCCACCGCUUUGGGCAAUGGAUCAAAUAAUGGGCCUGAUUCUCGAAUACACUUCACGGUGGAAACGAAAUAAACGGCACGCCAUUGAACUACGUUUUACGAGUUAGUGAAGUGUCGAAGAUAAUGAUGAGUUUUCAGGCAGAAUGAGCACUUUUCAAAUAAAAAAUCAUUAAUGAAAAUUAACCUCUUAGUAUCAAACUGGUAUUCAAUGUGAGUGGAAAACUUUGUUUUCUUUGUAUGAUACAAUAAUCUCAUACAAAAGUUUAAUCUGAAGAUAAUUUGAUUUUAUAAUAAUAAAUUUAGUGGGAAACUAAUCUCGCAUCCAGAUGUCGACACCGUACUGUUGUCAUCGCGAAUGCGUUUCAUACCGUUUCCAUCGUGAAGUGUAUUCGUAGUGUAUUCGAGAAUCAGGCCCAAUAAAUCAGCUACAGCUACAACUAAACGGCUUAAUU